GCCGUGUAUUGUCAAUAAUAUAAAGUAGAGCAAAAAAUGGCUCAAGAGAAGAAGAAGAAAUUGGAACAUUUUUAUUCACUACUUGAUGAAUACAAGCAGUCUGUUUUUCCUGAAUUGACCAAUAUAGAGGACAGUCCUGUCAAAACGUUGGAUUUACUACAAACCGUUGAUCAAGUGAAAUCGAUCCCUGAUCAGCUUGUAGUUGAUGUUAUCGUUCAAGGUUGUAAAGGAAUUAGCCACGAACAAAAUGCUACGCUUGCACGAUCAUUCUGUCUCUUCAUGUAUAAAAAGUUCACCAAACAAAUUCGGACAGGUAGUUUUCGAUCGAAUCAGUUUGACAUAUGUAUCAACUACUUAAUGGACGGCAUUGAGUCCGCAAAAAGAUUAGCGAACAAUAAUAGCGUUACAAGCAACAUUGACUGCCAGUAUAAAGUUGACUUAUUACGUGCACUUUCAGCUCUUUUAUUUGAUAACAUGCAUCAUACUCAACGCUCCAUCAAAAGGUUAUCAUCUAUUUUACUGACUCUAGCCGAUCCUGCACAAAAUAGUUCAGUCGAAGUACGUCGCAUGGCCAUCAACUGCAUUGGCAAUUUAUGCGCCACGAAUACGUCAGUAGCUAGCACAUCAACUUCUUCAACAAAUAAUAACAAUGCUACUGGUAGUGGUAAUAGGAUACAGCCCUAUUUCGAAGAAUUGUAUGCUUGCUUACUAAGUAAUAUCUGCGAAGUACGUCGUACAGAUCAAGGCACUCUAAUGGUAACUGCAGCUACCAUAGACGGUGCCCCAUUGGCAACAUUAGAUUUGAACGAUGCAAAUGUACGUAAAGUAGCUAGCUCUACUUUGAGAGCUCUGUCCUACUUAUUGUUACAAGAUAAAUCACUAGUAAUGAACACACUUUGUGAUAUUGUGCAAAUUGUACAUACAUUCAUUUUUAUGCAUGUCAACGUACAAUCUUACUCUAUUUCAACUGCCAGCAGCAUUAUUUCUUCCUCCACUUCAGCUACAGCACUGAAAUUGUCAAACCUAACCAAACGAGUAUCAAAAUCAUCAUUAGCAUCAUUCUCCACCAUAUCAUCCAAUACCCGGCAAUCUCUAUAUCCUUCUUUAUGGAAACCAAUGCAUCAUUAUCGAUCGUCUUCAAUAGUUACGAGUUCAGAAUCUGAACUAUCAGAUGCCACAAGUAACUUAGAAUUAUCUCCACGAAGACAAAGAGAUUUGUCCAAAAUCCGUAUAAAUGCUUUAUUAUGUUUGUCGGCUAUAGCUACUGUUGCUCCUAAAGAACUAUACCCUCAUUGGCAUAAAUUCUUGCCAGAUACGUUUUCCAUUUUUCUUUUAAACAACAGUAUUAGUGCAAAACGGCAAAAUGAUAAAGACAAUAGAGACACUGCUUUUACACUAUCAUCAACUCUGAAAUCAGAUAAUCAGCCUUAUUCUCUAUUUACCAUCUUACUUUAUGAUCCUAAUCCUCAUGUACAGGUAGCCGUUUGUAAUACGCUUAUGACUUUUUUUCAAGGCUCGAAACAAUACCUAAGUCUAGCAGUAGAUGAGAGUACCAACAGCAAUCAGAAGCCAUCAUCUUCUACUUCAUUCACCUCUCUCUCUACCAAACUAGGAUCUAUUGUUCACGAUAUAUUUCAAGCCUUCUACUAUGUGUUAUCAUCAACUGAUCCUAGCAAUCAACAAGUGUUGACAUGGAUUAUGCAAGCCAUUAGUGUGUUCAUUGAUAAUUGUACAUUCGAUAAACUCUCAAAAGAGUACUUACCGUGGAUGUAUACUGCUAUUCUACCAUAUUGGAAAGUUAAUCAAUCGCUAAAAGAAAAAGUCACUAAUAUGCAACAGCAACAGUAUCAGGCAGCAAUGCUCAAAGCUUUUAAGUCGAUUUUCAGUAUUUAUCAAUACAACCUGGUUGAAUAUAUUGACAGGGACUUUAUCCGCGGAAAUGAUUCAAUCAUUGUGGUGGCUAUGGAGAACAGACAGUAUACUAAUCAAGAGCACGUAUGGCAAUUAUGUAAUACGCUAACAAGCGUUUAUUAUAAGGAAUGUAUGCCAGCUUUAUGGAAUUUACUGGAACAUCGCUAUCUACCAAAGAGUCCGCAAGAAGGAAAACAAGCGCAGCAAGCAGUAACUGUAACUACAACUGAAAGCUUAUUCUCAUCUUCAAGUAUCAAAUUUUUGGAAACUUAUGCUGUCGCUAUGAACGAGUAUAAUGAGCCGCUUGACAAUCAAGUAAUUUGGUGGCAGAAGGUAUUGGCUGGCUACCUUGCAAAAGCAUGUUCUGCAACCUCUUCUGAAAUCUCGGUAACAGAAAUACAGGAAACAGCGACAAAAAUCGAGGCUAAGAGUGAUAAAAGCAUCGAAAAAAACGGUGAACGUCGCGAAGAACAAGAAAUACGGUCCGCUGCAUGUGAUUGUUUUGCAGCUUUGUCUCAAGAAGUAUUUGAAGGCCUGUCUGUUAGGUUUCAGCGACUGGCUAUUACUUUAUUAUUCUCUUUGGCAGCAGACAUGAAUAAAUACGUGAGAGCAGCAGCUUAUCGGACGCUUGGUAUCUUUAUAUUAUUUCCAUCAUUACGGGAAGAUCCACUUUUUGUAUCAGAGAUGAUCAAGUCUCUUUUGAGUCAGAAAGAUGAGAAGACUGUUUUAAUUAGAGUCAGAGCAAGUUGGGCUAUGGCAAACUUAUGCGAUGCACUUGUGCUCGAAAGUGAAAAAGAAGAGUUUGCUUUGCGUGAAUACAUGACCAUUACAGAAUGGAUUAAUAUCAUUGAUAUGGCGACUAAUGGUGCUUUGGAUAAUGAGAAAUUGAAAUCCAAUUCUGCUCGCUCAAUAGGUAGUCUUUUAAGAAUUACUCCCAAAGAGUACUUUGAAAAUACACGAAUCAUGUCUCUUGUUAAGAGAGCCAUCCAAGCCUUGGUCAAGAAUAUUGAAGGUGGCUCCUCUCUUAAAGUACGGUGGAAUGCUUGUCAUGCCACCAGUAAUGUAUUAAUGAAUUUACAGUUCCCUAUUGGUUAUCAAACUGAUACAAGGAGUGUAUACCCAUGGACGCAUAUGGUUUUUUCAUCAUUAAUGGAUGCACUGUUAAACUGUAAAAACUACAAAGUGAGAAUUAAUGCAUGUCUAGCAUUAAGCACGCCUAAACUUCCUGAACAGUAUGGUGACCAACUGACGUCCAUUGUUUCGGCUAUUUUGAAAGCCUGGGACCGUUUAUUGAAGGAUGAUGAGCAAGGAAGCUUCAACGAAAUUAAAUAUAAAGAACAGCUGAAAAAGCAGGUAGCGUACUUUCACUUUUUUUUUAAAGCAGCGACAUCGAAUUUCCAAUUUAAUGCUUAGCGCUUGAUUUACUGUAAUAGAUCAAGGAGACCUUAAGCCAGCUGUUGGAGUGGAUACCCGUAGAAUAUCAAAAUCAAGUGAACAAAAUUUUCACGUGUAAAUAAAUAUGCAGUUCAAUAAAUAAAGAACAUAAUCAGCAAACAGUGAUAAAAGGUU